AUGAAUACGGAAAAUACUGAAAGCAAUUUGCUCGUAAACGCAUUUAACGAAGAAGAAAAGAAAGGGAUUAAUGAACUCAAAGCGUUACUUCCAGAAAUUAUAAAAGAUUCAGGAGUUCCGGAGAAUUAUACGCUUUGGGGUAUUUCCUUGGAUAAAGAUUCAAGCGAUGAUAGACUUGAUGUUAUUCUCCGGAAAUUCUUGAAAGCCAGAAAUCUUGAUGUGAACCUUGCCAAGGAAAUGUUAACCAACUCACUCAAAUGGAGGAUCGAAUUUAAGACCGACUCAAUACUCUCCGAAACAUUUCCCGAAUCCAUAUUUGCGAAGGUCGGAUUCAUUCACAAACAUGAUAAAUACAACCGUCCAGUCACUUAUAAUUUAUACGGUGGGCUUGAUAAUAAUGAGGUUUUUGGAGAUUUGGAUCGAUUUUUAAGAUGGAGAGUUCAAUUGAUGGAAAAAGGAAUUCAGCAUCUAGAUUUUGUGAAGGUUGAUCAGAUCGCUCAGGUGCAUGAUUAUAAUAUGGUUUCGAUGAUGAGUUAUGAUAAAACGGCCAAAACCGCAAGUAAGAGCGUUAUUCAGAUCAUACAAGAAAAUUAUCCGGAAUUUUUGGCUGUGAAAUACUUUAUUAAUGUCCCUUGGUGGGGCGACUACAUCUUUAAGUUUAUCUCCAUGUUUUUGUCGGAAGAAACCAAAAGUAAAUUUAUUGUUGCUUCGCAAAGUAACGUCAAGGAGUGUAUGACCGCUGCUAUCGACGAAGGAAAUUUGCCCGUAGCUUAUGGGGGUCAAAGUAUUGUUCCAGGAUUUGAGGUCGAAGAAGUCAAUGUUUAA